AAGAAGAAGAAGAAGAAGUGUUUUAUGAUGAAAUCAUAAAUAUAUAUCUAUGGCAAAAUGUGACCGCCUUGUCCGCGGUAGCUUCGACUCGACUCCUUGGUUCAUAAGUAUCAUAUAGUCCUCACCAAGAACCACCAAACAGUCUCAUAAUGUAGAAGACCAAACACGAACGAAGGCCUGGACACAGCGUUUGAAGCUGAAUGUUUUGUUGAUUUCUGUAAAAUCUGCCUUUUUUUUCAACGGAAAAGUGAUGAAUAUAUUCACUUUUUCCCAGACGUUAGGAGGUGUAUGCCUGUUCUUCGUGUAUGGUGCUUCUGCUGUUGAUCCAGACAGAGCGUCUGUGUCAGUGAUGGAGGGAGAUACAGUGACGUUACACACUGGUGUUGAAAUGAACCAAAGAGACAGAAUGAUAUGGAUUUUUGGAGAAGAUCGCCUAGCUAUAAUUAAUGGAGAUAAACAUGAGCUCUGUGAAGAUGUUGAGUGUAAAGAGAGAUUCAGAGACAGACUGAAGCUGGAUCAUCAGACUGGAUCUCUGACCAUCAUGAACAUCACAAUCACAGACUCUGGACUUUAUAAUCUGAAGAACACCACCCUCAACACUGACAAUAUCUUUAGUGUUAAUGUACAUGGUGUUUCUGCUGCUGAACGAGAUGAAAUCAAGAGAAAGUCAGUAAAGGAGGGAGAAUCUGUUACUUUAGACACUCGUGUAAUAAAAAAACCAACUGAUGUGAUGAGAUGGUAUUUUAAUGACUCUCUCAUCGCUGAAAUGACUGGAGAUCAGAGUGAAAUCUGUUCAGAUGUUCAGUGUAAAGAGAGAUUCAGAGACAGACUGGAGGUUAAUCAGACUGGAUCUCUGAUCAUCACAGACACCAGAACCACAGACUCUGGACUUUAUACACUACAGAUCAGGAGCGGCAGAUUCAGCAUCAUGAGGAGCUUCACUCUUACUGUCUCUGUCAAAGAUGUUCCAGAUUCAGGAUCGUCUUCAUCUGCCGCUGUUGUUGUUGUUGUUGUUCUUCUUCUUCUUCUUCUGCUCGUUGCUGCUGUGGUUUACUACAAGCGCCAAGCAAUAAUGCAAUUCAUCAGGAGGCAGCGCAGGAGACAGGAGCGCCGUGAACAGAGAGAGGAUGCUCAAGCCCCUGAACAGAUUGAAACUCUAAUGCAGAGGUCUUCUACUGGGACAACUCGUGAGACGGAGGCUGCCGGUGAGACGGAGGCUGCCGGUGAGACGGAGGCUGCUGAGACGGAGGCUGCCGGUGAGACGGAGGCUGCCGGUGAGACGGAGGCUGGUGAGACGGAGGCUGCUGAGACGGAGGCUGCUGGUGAGACGGAGGCUGCUGAGACGGAGGCUGCCGGUGAGACGGAGGCUGCCGGUGAGACGGAGGCUGCUGGUGAGACGGAGGCUGCUGAUGACACUGAGGCUGCUGAUCAGUCACAACUGUAACAUUAUUCUUUUAUUGAAAGGGAAAAUUAAGAGAAGAUGGGACAUUAGAGAAGAGCAUCAGCAGAAAUUCUCAUUGUUCAUAGAAACUGUCACAAUAUCGAGGUGGCAGUGUCAUUAAUAUUAGGGAUGCACCGGUUGACCAGCCAUAAAUCAGAACCGGCAGGUUUUUGCUUAAAAUACGUGAUUGGCAGUCGGCCGGUUUUUGGUCUUUUUUCGGCCAGUUUUUCCGGAAGUGGUCCCACUUGAACCUACUACAUUGUAAUCGUUCGGUAUGUCAUUAUGGAAGUAUUUUGAAAUCUGUGCGUAGGACACAGGCAGCCGAUCAGUACUGGAAGUGCAGAGCUUCAUGUCUGAGGCACAGAUAGCAGGAAGCAAACAGCAGCUUGUGUACUGCAGCUCAAAUAAGAGCCCCUCUUCUGCACGCACUAAAGCUUUGCAAGAAUAUACUGUACCGGUCCGUGCCCUGAACACGUUUAAAAAUCACUUGCUGUAACACACUGAAUAAAAAAGUGUUUUAUUCAUCUGAUUUAACUUUUUUUAGGGUAAUGAUUCACAUCUAUAUUUUUUUAAAACAAAUACUUAACGCUGAUUAAGAAACAUCUUAUUGAAUUUGUGUUGACUGUGUUGUUUGGAUUGUAGAACAAUGCAGUUGUUGCCUUUAAUUUCACAUGGUUACGGUUAAUUGUGAAAUCUCACAAUUGUGUGCUCAAACAAGACUCUGAAACUCAGGAACUGAAACUUUAACCCUGUAAUCCCUGCCAUGUACAAUAAUA